AUGACCGAAGCUGUUUUUCAUAAGGAACGUCAUAUUAAGUAUUUCCUACGAUGCCUCAAGACGUUUUUACCGAACUUAUAUACCUCCAAUGACUCGAGCCGCAUCCUCCUCGCUUACUUCACCGUUGCAGGCUUGGAUCUCCUAGGCGAAUUAUAUAACAAAACCACUCUCGAAGAGCGGCAAGGGUAUGUCGAGUGGAUCUACCACUGCCAAGUGCCCUCGGGGGGCUUUCGGGGAUUCACAGGGACCGACUUUGGGUCAGAACGGCGAACACCAGAAAAUGAAGCUUGGGAUCCGGCCAACGUUCCCUCGACAUUCUUCGCAUUGGUGAUAUUGUUGAUCUUGGGUGAUGAUCUAUCACGGGUAAAGCGCACUGAGUGUCUACAAUGGCUCUCCAGAAUGCAGCGCGAAAACGGGAGCUUUGGCGAGGUCCUCGGCACAGAAGGGAAGAUUGAAGGCGGCGGCGAUCUACGAUUUUGCUGUUUCGGUGCCGGGACGCGAUAUAUACUGAGAGGGAAAUGUGGGAAUGGCCUUGAGGGUAUUAUGGAUAUAGACGUGGAUAAAUUGGUUGCGUUUAUCGAGGCCUGUCAGGCAUACGACGGCGGCAUAGGAGAGGGGCCCUUCUGUGAAUCCCACUCUGGUCACACCUAUUGUGCUAUUGGUGCUCUAACAUUCUUGGACCGUCUUUCGAAGAACCAUAAACCGAUCGCGCUGCUUUCGCCCAAAGCUGUCCCCUUCGACUCUUUGGUCAGAUGGCUUGUUGCACGACAAACAUCUGAGCUCGGCGAUGAUGAGGAAGAAUCUGACGAUGAAGAUGGCCACGGCGUUGGUGGAGUCAGAUCUCUGUCAGCGACAGUUGAGGAGCCCAGUAUAGACACGAAAGUCGAUCAGCUCCCUGUUGUACCGCCGGAGACGGAGGGUUCAUUGCGAUGGGCAGGAUUCAACGGGCGGUGUAACAAAUACGCCGAUACUUGCUAUUCUUUUUGGAAUACUGCAUCUCUGAAUAUGAUGGAUAGGCUAGCUUUGGUGGACGCGGCUCGGAAUCGGCGAUACCUCUUAGAGAAAACGCAGCAUAUCGUUGGUGGAUUCGGAAAGGGCGUUGGAGAGCCACCAGAUCUGCUGCACUCUUACUUCGGAUUAGUAUCGCUCGCAUUUCAAGGUGAGCCGGGCCUUGAAAGUGUCGAUCCAGCACUUUGUGCAAGUCAUCGCACACUCGCCCAGUCCUACCAUGAACUUCUCGAGGAAUUCUCAUCAAAGGAUCUUCGGAGUGUAGGGAACUAUACUCUCGGAAGGCUAAUUGGGAAAGGUUCCUUCGGCAAGGUUUACCUUGCGUCCCAUAAACUCACUAAUGGUUCCAAGGUUGUGCUCAAGUCCUCAAGUAGGGAAGAUACGAAUCUGCCGCGUGAGAUUCAUCAUCAUCGCCAGUUUUUACAUCCUCACAUUGCCCGCCUCUACGAAGUUAUUGUAACAGAAAAGCUGGUUUGGCUGGUGCUGGAAUAUUGUCCAGGUGAUGAGCUUUAUAACUACCUUCUUCAUCAUGGCCCACUGCCUGUCGACAAAGUGAAGAGGAUUUUCACCCAACUUGUCGGUGCCGUGGCCUAUGUUCACAGCAAGUCUUGUGUUCACCGGGACCUAAAACUGGAGAAUAUUUUACUAGACAAACAUGAGAAUGUCAAACUGUGUGAUUUCGGGUUCACCCGGGAGUACGAGGGCAAAGCAAGCUACCUGCAAACAUUCUGUGGUACGAUAUGUUAUAGUGCCCCAGAGAUGUUGAAGGGUGAGAAGUAUGCAGGCGAAAAGGUCGAUGUGUGGAGCUUGGGCAUCAUUUUAUAUGCCCUCCUCGCUGGGGAGCUCCCAUUCGACGAGGAUGACGACCAGGUUACCAAGACUCGGAUCCUUACGGAGGAUCCUGCUUACAAUGACAGAUUUCCGGAUGAUGCAAAAACUCUCAUAAACUUGCUCUUAUCAAAGCGCCCUCUGAUUCGGCCGAGCCUAGACGAAAUUUUGGCACAUCCGUUCCUUGCCGAACAUGCUCCGGAACAAUUGGCAAUAUUGAAAAUUCCACGACCUGCUCCUUUUACUACGCCUCUAGAGAGGACAACCUUGCAGCGGAUGAAAAGUGCCGGCGUCAAUAUUGAUGAAGUGAUGGACAGCGUCCUUGCUCAGCGAUGUGACCCACUCGCUGGUUGGUGGGCAUUGCUGAUCGAAAAAGAACAACGGAAGGAGCAAAAACGAGAGCGUAAGCGAAGGGAGCGAGAAGCUGAAGUGAAGAAUAUUCGUCGCUUGAGCGCGGCUAGCAGCCGGCUAGAGAAAAUUUCAGCCGCCCUUGUCGAGGUUGAUGAGGAGGGACAUACCUCUCUGAAUGCACCUCUCCAGGAGCGAGGUCGCAGGGAUCGACGGAGCUUACCUUCGCAGUUUGCUGUGCCUGAGCUGCCCAGUCUACCAGAGCCAGUUUCCAUCCAAUCCCCAGCUUCCAGCAACCCACCUCCCGUUGACAAAGACUCUGUUCGGUCUGCUAGUUCUACCCGACACCGCCCAUUACCACCUCCCAAAGAUAGGAGACGAUCAAGCAGGCCAAGUGCAUUACAUGUAAGCGCGUCUCAGCCCGAGCUAGCCCAACAUAAUGGAAUCUUCAGGCGUCGCACAGGGCGCCGUCAGUAUCCAAUCCUCAGUCAACUGGCGUCCCUCAAACAUUGGUUCGUCGAGUCUACAAAGAGAGCCAAGUCCCCCCACAGCAAAGUUCCUGGUGCACAAGGGACCCAUCGCAAGUUUCUUUCAGACAAGCUAAGCCCAUCUAAAGGGCAGGAUACAGGGAAGAAAUCUGCGCAGUCUUCUUCAGCCGUCCCUGCAACGGGAGAGUUGUCGACACCGACGCAGAUAAAGCGCGCUUCCAAUGCCAGCAGCCUGGCCCGCAGUAGUGCUUCCUAUCCCAAUCACCGCCACUCCUAUCCUCGCCAGACUCGACCUUUAAGCACCAAUGCAAGCCACCGGAACUCCUUGUCUCCCUCUCCAAUCACGCCUAGGGGUUCCUACAGGCGAUCUUCUGCUGGUCUGCGAGGCCGCAAGUCAACCUCAUCUUCGAUUUCCUCAAUUCGUAGCAUCCACCAUACUCACACCCAUUCAAAGGCAUCAUCUGUCUCGUCAAACAGUAUCGGUUCAGCAUCAACCCCGACAGCUCGGGCCUCCAGAUCACCGCAUUCUUCCGUCAAAGUUCUCCCCACUACGCCCAGCGCCUCGUCCCGUUUCCCCAGCAAUAUCCGCUUGGUUCGAGGCGUGAACAAUGGGUACCACGAGGCGGAUGAUCCUAAUGGUAGAAUGACUUCAAUAUUCAACGAAUCGGCACCUGCGCCCUUACUGUAUUCACCAUCAUCAAGUCUUGUGUUUGCACGCCGCAAACGAUCUGCGUUCAAAGGGCCUAUGGUCCACACUGCAAAUCUCAUGGUAUCUGGCGGCAUGGCUGCCCCGGAGUUUCCCCGUAGUGGUGCUGCCGUCGCGGAGACCUCAAGCGCAGCUCGACCUGUGGCGCGAAAGAGCCAAAUCAUAGAAGAAGACAUCGAGGAAGAUGAGGAUAUCGAAGAAGUCGACGCAUUUACAGGAACGGAAGAGGAGCCUGGAUCGCCCACUGAAAUGAAGACCGACGAACACACAGGGCUGGGGUGUGCUAAUGACUUGUCUGGGCGAAGCUCUAAGCCUGUUCUUGCCCCAGCUCCUGACCUUGACACCAGUCCAAUGCGUCCUCCACGCUCGUCUUCACUCAAGGCGUCGAAGUUGAAGGCAGCAGCUGGCAAUUCUCCGAGAUCAGUGCGUUCCGGGAAGAGAGCCAUGACAUAA